GCAGAGCUGCAGGGACUCAAACUUUUUGAAUUUAAUCAAUAUCAUUAAUGGCGCUGGAUGUGUUAGAGUGUUAAGGGCCAGGCAUGAGGAAAUAAGGAGGAAGAAGAAGAGUGUAUCAAAUUACAAAUGUUACCUUAUGCAGAUUAACUGGUGACAUAGUUUGUAACAAGGACAUUCUUUUUUUCCUUUUACCAUAGUGAGGUAAUCAGUGAUGGGACUUUGAGGAGAUUGGCGGAGAAAAAAACCAUACAAGCUCGGAGGAGGUGGCUGGUGAUUGGACCAAUGCAUAAAUGUGGAUGGUUUCACUUUAACACUUCGAAGAUUUGAGAAUGUCAGCUCCUCAAGCAGGAUUUGAUUGGACCUUUAUUCCCGAAAAUGCAAAAGGCAAAAACACGUCUUCCACUAUAUCAUUGUUUUCUUAAGCUUGGCCCUGACGCGCUCCCGUAGCUGGGACACAUCAACACGUCUUCCACUAUAUCGUUGUUUUCUCAAGCUUGGCCCUGACGCGCUCCCGUAGCUGGGACACAUCAACACGUCUUCCACUAUAUCGUUGUUUUCUUAAGCUUGGCCCUGACGCGCUCCCGUAGCUGGGACCGCUCAACAGAGCAGCGGCUCCCGUGCGAUCCAUCUCGUCGAGUGAACUCACGAGGUGUUGUAUUUGAUCUUCCUCCUCCUCUUGCCCGUGUCCAGCACUUCCCCGACCUCCAGCACCUCCUUGGAGCGGCCGGUUUUCGCCAGCGCGUCCUGCAGCUCCACCGUCAGGAACUUACACACUUGACAGACGACAGAAACACACACACACCUCCGUUUGUAAACAAAUGCCCCCAUGGCGGCUAAAGCUAGCGCCACUUCGUCGCCCGUCCUACCUUCGCACUUGUUCGGCAGCCUCUCGUCCUCGCCCGCCGCGACGAAGCCGCGGACGCACAACAGAGCCAGGAUUAAAACAUUCAUUGCGACGGGUUGUUUUUUUUUAAUUAUUAAAAUCCCACAGGCGAACCGGAGGUUUGACGCCGCUGCUGCAGCCACAUCGGCGUUCUGUGACGGCGGCCUGCAAGUGCGCAUGCGUAAUCGAGCCCCGAUGUUUGGAUUCCAGGGGGAGGCUGUCGAUGGAAGAAAACUCGAACUCACGAGUCUUCAAACCAACCAACAAGCGAAGGUCCAGCGGACGUUAAAUGGUUACCCGGUGGAAAUGAAUCAAACACUCCCGACAGAUUCAGAGGAAAGAAGAAGAAGGAGAAAAUGUUUCCCGGCUUUUAACAGCUGACUCGGAGUCAAAGGACGACGAGGGGACGGAGCGGACACAUGCUGCCUGCACUCCUCACGACAGAGCAUGUGUGGUUGUUAUUGUUGUGUUAUGGUUGAUUUCCCUGAAGGAUUUCUUCGUUGACCCCAAGGAGGACAUGAACCUGGAUCUACUGCCUGGGAUCGUGGAAUAGUCUCAUCUCAGGAAAAAAGCAAGUGGAAAAACUGCUCGUCUGAAUUUAAGGAAACACUCCAUGUUUGUGGCUGUAACGAGAUCUGCGCCCAUGUCAGCCAAACACAAACACAAACACACAUCGGCGUUGUUAGACUAGAAUGCCUGAACGAGUGAGCGACUUCCAGGGUCAGAGCUUUCACAAGCUGUGGCGGGACUGCCUGCGGCGGGGCGCGCUAUUUAAAGACCCCCUGUUCCCCGCCACUGCCCAGUCCCUGUUUUACAAAAGGGAGCCUCCGCUGGGACUGACCUGGAAGAGGCCGAGGGAAAUAUGUAAGGACCCUCGGCUGUUUGUCGAUGGCAUCAGCACUCGUGACCUGCACCAGGGCAGUCUGGGCAACUGCUGGAUGGUGGCGGCCAUUUCCUGUUUGGCGUCCGAGCCGUCUCUGUGGAAGAAGGUCAUCCCUGACCACGCGCAGCAGGAGUGGAACCCGAAACGGCCCGACCUAUACGCGGGCAUCUUCCAUUUCCGGUUCUGGCGCCUCGGCCGUUGGACGGACGUCGUGGUGGACGACCGUCUGCCGGUCAGCGGGGACGGGGUGCUGCUCUUCUGCCGCUCGGCCACACCUCGGGAGUUUUGGAGCGCCCUGCUGGAGAAGGCCUACGCCAAGCUCAACGGCUGCUACGAGGCCCUGGAGGGAGGAAACACUGCCGAGGCCCUGAUCGACUUCACUGGGGGAGUUUCGGAGCCCCUCAGUCCGGAUCGCGAGGCCCUCAGCCUGCACAGCGACCACAGGAGGACGUUCUUCCAGACGUUAGCCAGGGCCCACGAGCGCAAGGCCCUCAUCACCUGCUCCAUACGGCCUGCAGAGGGCGAGACAGUGGAGUCGGCGUUGGACUGCGGCCUGGUGCGAGGACACGCGUACGGGAUCACGGGCGUGAGGAAGGUGAGGGAGGGGUUGCUGAAGGCCGGCGGGAUGUCGCGGCUCUUCAUGGUGCGCAUGAGGAACCCAUGGGGGACCACCGACUGGACAGGCGCCUGGAGUCAGCGGUCACAGCAGUGGCAACAGAUGAGUCGUGCGGAGAGGGAGAAGGUGGGCCUCGUAGUUCGAGACGUGGGGGAGUUCUGGAUGGACUUCGAGGACUUCUGUCGCUACUUCACGGAUGUGGUGGUGUGCCGGCUGGUGGAGCGAGCCCUGCUGUGGCCGAGCUCCCACUGGAGGGAGGUGCGCCGCUACGGGGAGUGGGCUCCGGCUCCCACCACCCCUGGAUCACUUCCGCCCGCCGCCGUCCUCCGCGGCGACUACGCACUGACCCUCGGUAAGAACAACGUCGAGCCCGGGGGGGCCGAGCGGCGAGGGAACCGGAAGGAGGCCCGGCUCGGUGAGAGUCAGCAGGAGGGUGGGAGGAAAGGAAGAAGGUGCGAGCGGACUAAGGCUGUGAAAAAAGCAACGGAGGAAGACGACGGCGGAGAGGGGGGUGGAGGGUGGGAGGCACAGGCGGAUAAGAGGAGUCGAUGUGGAGGGUGCAUCAACCAUAGAGAGACUUUCCUUCACAAUCCACAGUUUAUGUUUGAGGUCAGAGCCAAAGAAGAGGAGGUGCUGAUCUGUCUGCAGCAGGAGGACAGGAGGAUACGGCGGAAAGACGGAGGAGGAGAAAACCUGCCGAUCGGCUUUGAGGUGUUGAAGCAUUCCCCUACUGCCGCCCGCCAGGUGGAGGUGAACCGCUGCAGCCGGGUGCAGUGUGUGGUGGAGCAGGCGGCCAGCUCCGUCUACAUGGACUCCCGCAGCGUGACGCUGAGGGCGACUCUGGCUACGGGCCGCUACGUCGUGCUGCCCACCACCUUCCUGCCCGGCGCGACCGGGCGCUUCCUGCUUCGACUCUUCUCCCAUUCCCACGUCAGACUCCGGGAACUGAGGGAGGAUUUGCCGUCUCCCUCCGUGUUCCAGUGUUUCCUACCUCACCCCACAGCGGUGACCACGGUCCAUCUGCGCAGGGCGUCAGGACUCAGCCCUCUCAAAGAGACAGCUCCGGAUGUUUACGCCGUGGUGCGCUGUGAGAACGACAGCAUCCGGACGCGGGUGUUCGCGGCGGAGGGAAACCCCGAAUUCAACCUCCGGACCAUCUUCUACAGGAGAUACCCCAACACACACAUCUCCAUCGAGCUAUGGGGCAGAGGUCUGCUGUGGGACUCGGUGCUCGGCGUGGCCCGACUCCAGACGGCGGAGUCUGACAGGACGAGGAGCCACGUGAUCGAUCUACAGGGCGGCCAGUCUGGCUCAGGACGCCAAGGCUGCGUCCACGUCGAGACGUCCUCCAGCGUCGACCUCGCAGACUUGUGACAGCAUCGUCCGGUUGCCCCCGGUAACUACAUCGAGCCAUGGCCACCACUGUCCUCUCCCGCUGCCAAAACGAGCUUUGUUGCGUGUUGUCAUACUAUUUAUUAAUAAUACUCUUUACUCUUUUUUCUUGCUGUUGUUGCUGUCAUAUUUAUUUCUGUUGUUGAUAACAAGUUUGACUUAAAAUGUACAAAAUCACAUUUGCAUUUUGAUUAAAUAAUAAACAAUUGUGCGUGUUUUUCUUAUAUUGAUGAUCACUAAAAUCUCAUC